UACACAAGCAGAACAUCUUGGAUACUGUUCAUGAAUUCAUCCAGGUCUCCAUCCGACGAGAAACUCUCGUUGAUGAGGUUGGAGACUGGCUGUUUGAUGUGCAGACAACACUGGAGCAGAAUUUACUGAGUGAAGAGUUUUUCAAGGAAAGAGACAAGGAAGAAGUUGAAAUGGAACGAACUGCAAAUGCCGCUCUGAACGACAACAAAAAGUUUGUCCGGAAAAAUGUUGAGAAACUGAAGAAUCUUGGACAGGAGAUCUUUGAGGCAAUGAAUGACUUAGCUCAGCGUGAAAAUCUGGAACCCAGUGGUGCAGGCAGUGAGUUGAAGCCAGCCUUCAGUAGUCUAGCAACACAACGCCAGGUUGCGAUACGUGCCAAAGCCAAAGAAACGCAAGAGGUUCUCAAUGAGAAAGCGCUUCUGGCCGAUGCUGCCAACUGGAAGUCAGCAGCUCAAGAAGUCAAGAAAGCUCUGGAAGAUACCAUGAGAAUGGCUCGAACCAACAACGACCGAAACAUGAUCAAGAAUGCCUUGAAACAGUUCAACUUCAUGUCGGUUGCGGUGGAGCGACGGAACGAAGAGAAUAUGCAGCUUUGUGAACAAAUACUGGAGAUGGGGGUCAAUACGAACCAUCUGACCAACGCAAAUGAGAAAAUGGAGAAGGAAUUGUCUCAGAAGACGACGCGGCUUGAAGCGCUGGAGAACUUCACUGAAAAACAAAAUCACAAAAUUAAAGAGCUACAAAACCAGCUGAAGGAUAUGAAGCACAAAGUGGAACAGGCCAAGGCGGUCAAGAAGCCUAACCCAAAGGAAGAGGCACAAAGGGAGGCUGCUCUCAAAGCGGCAGAAAAGGAAAUCGCACGAUUACAAGAUGAGAUGAAGACCGUGCAGACAGAAGCUGCAGCCAAGGAGGAUGAAUUAGUCAAAGAAGUGGAGCACACACUGGCAAAGCUGUAUGACACUGAGGACACAGUAGAGAAACUGAAACAAGUGAUUGAAAACCUGGAAGGACAACUUGCAGAUGUACAGGAACAAGCGGAGGAGUAUGCCCACCAACUGGACAUAACUCAGUUCCAAAGCGAGGCUAAGCAAUCUCAGCAAUCCUCCAUCAGGGAUCAGUACCAGCAACGCAUCAACGAGUACAAGCACGAGAUGGACGACAUGGAGAAAGAAAUCACUCAUCUCAAAGAUGUUAUCAAGCUUAGGGAAGAAGCCAUCGCACUGCAGGAGAAAAAGAUCGGAGAGAUACUCGCACAGAUGAAACACCAAGCCAUCGCCGCAGCUGCCCUCCCCCCUGCCAAAGAUGCAACUCCGCCCCUUGGUGCUUCCCCCGAGAUGCGUAACAUGCUGGCACGGCUCAAGGGUGAACACGAGACGGAGUUACACACUCUGAAAGAUUACGUCACCAAGGAGAAACAAAGAUGUGAGGCCACCCUGAGGAAACAGGAGAAUGAGAUGAGGCUCCAGCUGACAAACAUCUUGAAGGAGAGCAACCGUUUACUCCGAGCCAUCAACCGAUUCAAAGACGGACUGGCUGCCAUCUUUGAAAAAGAAGGUCUUCUUGACACAGCUCAUGAUGUGCGUCAGUUAAAUAAUCUCCCAAUUGAAGAGAAACCAAGUGAUGUCAAAAUCAUAUUGGGACAAAUGGCUGGAAAUGCUGUUGAACUGCUUGUUUCCGUGGAACUGAAAAUCGCCCAGGCCUUGAUGAACAAGCGUCUUGAACUGAAAGAAGCCUUGAUGCCCAGGCAGCGAACUUUGACCCCGCUGGUCGAGGUUGACCCUGAGAUUGAGAAGCUGACCAAAGAAAACGGAUACUUGAGUGAGAAGCUGGAAAAGACUCAAGAGCUUCUCCACGCCACAGAGGUUAUGCUGAGUGAGACCAAAAGAAUAAAUGAUGAGAAAUACAAGGCAUUGUUGGAUCGGCACAAGGCCCUCAUACUUCACAGCAGUAGUCUGCAGCGAGAGAUGAAAUCCCUUGAACAGGCCUUCCGUGAAGAGAAAAAGAAACGCGACAUGAAACUGCGUUCCAUGAAGGGCAGCAUGGCCGAGCAGGCCAGACAGCAAGAAACGCUGGUCACUCAACUCAGAAUGGACAUUGCCAGUAACAAGCGUGUAGAGAAGCCCCCGCCAGAUAUCAGCCAGCUAAGGUUAAAGGUCGGCGACCAACUACGGAAUCUGUCCCUGUUGGAAUCAGCCCUCAAGGAGAACAAGAUAUCGCUGGAGCUGCACACGAUCACAUGUGACAUCAUCAACCAGACAAUUGAGGUACCUGAGAUGAGACUAAGGCACAUGUUUGAGAGGUAUAUCAUCUUCAGGAGAAUGCAGGAGCAGAAAGAUGAGUUGAUAUCCAAGUUGGAGGGGUCCGUUACCAUGGAGCAAGACAAAAAGUUGCAGGGUUUCUUUGCUCGCAUGGAGACACGCAUGAGCGAAAACAUUAACACCUGGCGUGAGAAGCGUGAGGCCAUCAAACAAGAGCGAACCAACCUGUAUGAACAGAUGCUGGCAAUCUUUGAUGCAGUUGGGCAGGAGACAGGCCUGAGCUUGGCCCGGCCCACUGAGAAGGUAGCCGUCUUCAGACGACAGAGGAGGAGCAAGGCCCAUCCUGUCCUCGGCCCGCAGGGGGUACGCAUGAAGGUCCCCAUGGAGUUCAAAUCCAACAAGCUGAUUGGAACCAGCGUGACGCUGAUCGGGGAUCAUGGUCCCUUCUGGAAGAUGCCAUCAAAUUUGCAUGGUGGCACUGAUCUGGUGACUGUUCCCAAAAUCCUUGAAAUGGAUAUUGACAGUAGAAGGAAAACUGCCAAAGAAGUUUUACAGAGACUCGGAAUGGGUGACGAAUCAAAGAAAGAUCAGCCUCCAUCCCGGCCGUCACAAGAACCGUCGGUACCCCCUCUGGCAACAUUAUUUCCACCAAUCUCAUCUUGAGCUGUAAC